AAGACGAGAUAAGCGGGGGGAGAACUCGGAGACUGGUAAGCGAGGAGUUUGGAUGGAUUCCCACGUCAAAAUCAAAGAAUUUUCGACUUGUGCACUCUAUCGUCAACACCGCCACCCACCGCCUGACAAUCGUAUUAUUAUCGCUGCUGAAUUUCUGACAUUGUUCCGCUGGUCUUCCUUGAACUUCUUUUGUGUUUUUUUUUUGAUAUUUCAGUAGAUGGGGGAUGUGUUGGUGACCUGCUCAGUUGAGGAAAUCAAUGGAUCGGUGGACUAAUUUGUAUCCCCCUUUGUUUUUUUCUUAGGUUUAAUAUUCAGGUCAAUUUGAUUCAGUGCAUGGGAGUGUGUGGAUUUUAAUGUCGAGUUUGGUACUUAAAGAGGUGCGAGAGGUGGAGUGAUCGUGUGGUAGGUGUACCGUGCGAUUGGAGUCUGUGCGAAUCGGAGUGUGAAUUGUGUUGUUGGGUUUGGUACGUAAGGAGUUUCGAGAGGCGAAGUGCAUCGUGCGAUUGGAAUUUUCGCAAGUCGUAGCGUUUGUGGGUUUGUGGUAUUGGGGAACUUUUGAGCAAGCUGGACGUUGGAACCGGGGUCGGAUCUCGCAGUUGAGGGACUGAGUGAGGGGAUUGGGUUUUUUCCAGUAGAGAUUCUAGAAUUUGAGGUGAGAAUUUGGUGGUGAGAUGGAAGUGGAAGGGAUGAAGGGGGAGAAGAGACCAGACACAGCGACGUAUGUAGCUGCUAUUGAUCAGGGUACCACCAGCACUCGUUUUAUUGUGUAUGAUACUGCCGCCAAGGUUGUGGUAUCGCAUCAGCUGGAGUUUACGCAGAUCUAUCCACAGGCAGGGGAUUUGCUUCACAUGCUUCUGCGGAUAAUAAACUCACAGUACUACGAAAGUAUUGUAUUCGUCGAGAAUCAACUUAUUUCUCUCGGCUUUGUUGUUUGUAUGUUUCUUGAAGCAUCCACAUCUACCAAAUGGGUAGAACACGACCCGAUGGAAAUCUUGGAUACAGUUCGAAAAGCCAUGGAAGGUGCACUUGCAAAAGGCAAAGAGAAAGGACUAGAUAUCCUUGAUAACUUGAAGGCAAUAGGGAUCACUAAUCAAAGAGAGACCACAGUUAUUUGGAGUAGGAGCACGGGAAAGCCAUACUACAACGCAGUAGUGUGGAUGGACAGCCGCACAAGUUCCAUAUGCAGGCAUUUGGAGAAACAGCAUCCCGAAGGUGGUCGCAGAUUUGUGAGCACCUGUGGUCUUCCUAUCCAUCCUUAUUUCAGCGCCACCAAGAUUCUUUGGCUCAUGGAACAUGUGCCAGAGGUGAAAGCUGGGGUAGAAAGUGGGGAUGCUCUAUUUGGGACUAUCGACACAUGGCUCAUCUGGAAUUUAACAGGCGGAUUGAACGCUGAAGAACCUGUGCAUGUAACCGACUGCACAAAUGCUGCUCGUACUAUGCUCAUGGAUUUGACCACGUUACAGUGGCAUGAGCCUACACUAAAGGAUCUGGGCAUUCCUCGUUCCAUAUUGCCCAAAAUCAUUAGCAAUGUGGAACUGAUUGGGAAGGUAUCUGAGGACUGGCCGUUCGCAGGUAUUCAGUUGGCUGGUUGUUUAGGAGACCAGCACGCAGCCACUCUUGGACAACAGUGUAAAGCAGGAGAGGCCAAGAGCACAUACGGAACAGGGUGUUUUAUUGUACUUAAUACAGGAGAACAAAUUGUUCCAUCGAAUCAUGGAUUGUUGACAACAAUUUCAUACAAGCUUGGACCAGACGCUCCUACCAACUAUGCACUUGAAGGCUCUAUUGCAAUUGGAGGGGCAGCCGUUCAAUGGUUAAGGGACAAUUUGGGCAUCAUAAAAAGCUCAAGUGAGAUCGAGAGUCUAGCAAAGACCGUUAAUAACACAGGAGGAGUUUACUUUGUACCUGCAUUUAGUGGGCUUUUUGCUCCUUGGUGGAGAGACGAUGCACGUGGAGUGUUGGUUGGCAUCACGAGGUACACAAACAAGGCCCACAUCGCUCGGGCCACAUUAGAGAGCAUGUGCUACCAGGUUAAGGAGGUUCUGACAUCAAUGAAAGCAGAUGCGGGUAACAUUGAGGCUACUGUUGGCGGGGAAUUCUUGCUGAGAGUGGAUGGUGGUGCAACUGUUAAUAAUUUGCUUAUGCAGCUUCAGGCUGAUUUACUUGGAAGUCCAGUGGUUAGACCAGUUGACAUUGAGACUACAGCUUUAGGAGCAGCUUAUGCUGCUGGUCUUGCUGUGGGAGUAUGGACCAAGGAACAGAUUAUUGAACAAGGUGCUGUUCAGGAAGCACCAACUGUCUUUCACUCUCAAAUAACAGAUGACGAGCGUAACAAGAGAUGCCUGAGUUGGAACAAGGCAGUUGAAAGAUCCUUUGGCCUCGCAGAGCUUGAUUUCUGAUUCAGCAACGUCUGCGAAUAUGUUGUUGUAAAAUUUCAACUUUGUUGCGGCAAGCAUAGGUUAAAAUCCUUGGCUCAGAUUCUGUUGACGUUAAUUGGGUUUGUCUACCCAAGCAAUCACUACGCAGGAGCUGUCCAUCCUUUGGUGCUUAGCCAGGAGUUUUUUGGCAUUUGCAUCACACUGGUUUCCUUUCCCAGGAGCGCUGAAAUCAAUAGGACUAUUCCUGGGGGCAGAACCCAUGGUUAUGCUUCGUUAUUUGUUUCUGAAGAUAGUUCUGUGUAGUUGAAUAUUUUCCUGGUUCAGUCUGGCUCAUUUUGCUGGCCUCCUACGAGUCAUUUUCAGGGACGGCAUAAUCAUUUGUUGCCUGAAGACUUGGGGUCUAGUUUGGUAACAACAUACGAUCGCAUCGAUCUUUCUGGGCCCGUUUGGUGCUCUAGUGUUUUCACAUUAUUUCACCUCUCGUUCUCUCUUUACAGUUGUCAGAAGGAUUAUGGAAUGGGAAGUGCAUGGACAUGCAAUUAGCACUGCAGUCUUUUCAGCGGAGGGCUCCGUUCCUGUCUGUUGCCCAUCGUUGUUGACUUAGUCGACUUCAUUUAAAAUAUUAAUUGGAAAAGAACUUGUGCAACUGA